AUGGGUACAACUGCGAAGUCGCUGGACGACAUUUUGGCUGCGUUGGACGUACUGGCUCUAUUAGUCGAAGAAGUGUACCAGCCCUUCGUCGGAGAAAACAUUUCGCUGCACUACCGAGAGGAGGAGCUCGCAGAUCUGGUGUUCUGGAUCGACGAACGCCUGGAAAAGUCGUUUAUCCAAGUCCAGAACAUCAUCCACGAACGGCGCCUUGGGUCUCUGCAGGCUUCAGCGGCAACAACGAGCCUGCCACCCCGCAGUUGGGGAUCUUAUCGGUUUGCGGACCAGUGGCGCGAUGUGGUUCGCCAAGGCGUUGUUCCCCGAUGGAAGGACGGCUUCCCCUGGCAGGAUACCCCGCCGCCAAACCAUGGCUCCGCCCGCCGGGCUCUCAAUGCCUUGAUCAAGAACAUCAGAAAAGGCCCAGAUGAAGAUCGCUACCUCGUGCUGGACAUCGACCUCCUGGGUCAUCUCGACGGUAUCUUCUGCAGCCCUUUUGGGGCUGUCCCGAAGGGCGAUAAGCCGCUCAGCGAAGAUGCCCGUGUGAUUCACGAUUUAUCCUUUCCUGUCCAUGGCUCCGUUAACGAGUUUACUGUUCCUGAGACCGAGAUUGCAGUCCACUACGACGGGGCGCGCGCGAUCGCAGCCCGUAUUGAAGAAGUUGAGACGCACUGCCCGGGUCUAGCGCGGCGGAUGUCUGGGGAUGUGAGCGGCGCGUUCCGGCAUAUCCCGCUGCAUGACGACCACUGCGGCCAUUUUUCUGGUACAAUCCCGGAGCUUGGUGUUCUCAUCGUGGAUUUAUGCUGCCCGUUUGGGUGGCGGAACUCCCCAGCCGCGUAUGCUAUCGCUGGAGGUGCCAUUAACCACUUGUACUCGACGUCGAAGCCCCUGUGGCCUCUCCAACCAGCGCACGGGACCAGGGAAUUCGACGGCAAAGUGUGGUGUGACGACCACAACUGCGUGGAACCUGCUGUCGGCACUCGGCUGGAGGAAGCGGCGACGGAGCUCCGCGCAGCGAUGGUUGCUGUCUUGGGACCGUCCGCCUGUAACGAAGACAAAUUUACGGCGUGGGUGACUCGGGGGUCGGCGCUCGGCCUCGACUGGGAUCUCCAGCGGCGCACAGUUUCGAUGCCCCAAGCGAAGAUUGAGAAGGCGAGGCAGCGCGUGUGCGACUUACAGCACCCAGCGCCAUUCUUUCAGCGGUUAGCUGACGCGCAGCGCCGCACCCCUCAUGUUGGCUGUUUUCCGUUGGCUGAGUCUGCGUUGGAUGAUCUCCGAUGGUUUCGGGCCAUUCUGUCUGCCUCCCAUUUCAACUCCAUUCCGCUGGCGCGGUUUACUCGGUCGCAGCCACCCAGUGUCGAGGUGCUUAUGGACGCGAGCGACGUUGGACUCUGCGCCCUUCUCCUUGCCCGUCGCGAAUAUAUUCAAGUUCGUUUGGACGCGGAAGAGCGGGCGGCCAUCCACGAGCAAAAGCACGGUGGUGCUUUCACGUUCGGCAUUAAUAUUCGCGAAUUAAUGAGUGCCGCCUUCGCAGCGAUCACGUGGGGGCACCUGUGGACCGCCAGCGAUGAUGGAGCGGACGUCCACGUUCGCUUGCGCAUUGACAAUACAUCUGCGGUGGCCUGGAGCAAUAAGCGUGCGGCUCGGGACAAUCCCUACGCGCAAAUGCUGCUCCGGCUUAUCGCGCUGCUCGAAGUGCGGCACGGGUUUUGCCUGUCUGCGGAGCACAUUCCGGGGUCGGAGAAUGUGAUGGCAGACGCUGGCAGUCGCAGCUGGGAGUCACGGGCGAAAGCGGCGGCGUUUACUAAGCUUUGUGUUGGUUGGUCGCAGGUUACAGUCCCUCCGAGCUCGCGCAAACUCUCGCAGGUCUGGGCGCGCUGCUCUGCGCGGGAGCUUUAG